GGGCGGCGGCGGCCGGGCGGCGCGCGCGGGGCAUGCCGGGACCUGUAGUCCAGCCCGCGCGGCCAGGCGGGGCGGCGGCGGCCACGGGACUACAACUCCCGGGGGGCGGCGGGGCUGCGGCGGCCAAGCGGCCGGAAGUCGGGCCGGGCGGCCCCGAGCAUCACAACAUCCGGGCGUGCGCGGCUGGUUGCUGUGGCAACGGGCUGCUGUGCGCGGCUGCUGGACGCGCGGGUUUCUCCUUCGGAGCCGCGGCGGCUGCGUGUCGUCCUUCCCGCCGCCAGCGUAGCCUCGGGGAGCCGCGGCGGGAACAGCUGCGCUUGCUGGGAAAGCUGAUGCGAGGCCUGGAGGGUGACCGAGCUAAGAAAAGCAGUUCUGCUGCAAGCCCGGGGCAGCAGUCAGCCGCCCAGCCGGCUCCUUGUGUGAACCCUGGCAAUCCCGUGUUCUCCUGCAUGCUGGACCCGAAGGCCCUCAGCACGGCGACCUCGCUGUCCAAACCCAAGAUGAUCAUGUACAAGACCCAGUCAAGCUACUACGGCGAGUGCUCCUCUCUGCCACAGUUCUUCCCCUGCGUCUUCACUCCAAAGGAGCAAGUGUUUUCAAGCCAUCUUAAAGCUACCGGGUUCUAUCAGAAUAAUACCCUGAACACUAGCUCUGACAAAACCAGGACUCUCGAUUUCCCGAACUUCCAACACACUCUGUGAAGAUGUUAUCCUUUCUCUAUGUGAAAGAAAAUGCCUGCAUAAAGGGCAACAAAAGGGAAAAUAAAUAAAUAUUUUUAAAUAA